UAGUGAAGUUCCAGUCUGAGAGUCUCUGUCUGACGGUCAUCAUGUUCAGCCUAAACCAAGCACCUCUGCUCUGUGUUCAACUAUUAGUUAUGGGCCAAGUCUUUGCAGUGAUUGAUCAAGUUGACCACAUGCUGUACAGAGGAGACUCCGUCAGCCUGGAUUGCAACAUAUCCAAAGAAAAUACAACACAAAUCAACUGGACUAAAGACAGAUUUUUGUUUGCUUAUUUAGUCUCAACAAAUCUGACUUUUUCAAAUUUCACCUCUCCCAGACUGAGAAUAGACCAAAACUUUCCUUCAGUGCUGAAUGUUUCUGAUGCUCAGCAUGAAGAUGCAGGACUCUAUACAUGUGAUGUUGUAACUAAAAUUGAUGGCUCAAGGACUACUCAGUGGAAUUUAACAGUGUCAGAGAAACCUGGAGAAGUCAGUUCUUCGUGGUAUUUUCCAUACAUACUCGCAGCUGUAAUUGGAUUACUUCUUUGUUGCAUCGCUCCAGCUGUCUGCCUCUGCAGAAAACUUAGAGCCAGGACGCCAGAGCAGAACCUCGAGUCUGGUGGAGAGGUGGUGGUUCCUCAGGGGAGCAGAGAGAGAAGGACGAAUAACAAGCAGAGGAGUCAGUACAUGGAGAGAGUCAACUCAAUCUAUGACGUCUACUGAGCUGACAAACCAUUCAGAUGAAAGAAAGAAACAUGGACAGAGUCUACAAGAGACAGCUCACGUUUCACGGGCAUUACAUUUUUUUAUUUAUUUCAAACCAGGAGUUUCCAGGGAAGGCAGUCAGGAGGACGACAACCGGGUCACUAAUGCCUUCAACUUAUUUAUCAUUAACACGUUAAAACCAGCGCCUCACUUUGUUUUUUAUCUUAUAUUUUAUAUUUAUGAAACUCUGUGUAUAUUAAUAUGUCCUUAUGUAUAUGAUGUGUAUUAUUAGUAUGCUGUGCUGAAUGUUCUCACACAUGUGUUGCACUUUGCACUUCAUAUAUGACCUCAUAUGUUGAACAUGUGAGAGACGUUUCUGUAUUUAGGUGUCAGUGCCCCCUGGUGUUCUGUGAGGGAAUGACAUGGCUUAUUUUCAAACUGUAAUAAAUUACAUUUUUAGAGAUUACACUUGUGCCCUGUGAUGAACUGUGAUGACCUGUUCUCUCGCUCAAAGUCAGCUAAUGGAUGGAUGGAGAUUACAGUGGAGUGCAGUUUUAUUUUCAGUUAUUCCAGAGGAGAACAUCCGUGAGUGUGUGUUGCUUUGUUGUUUUACUCAGUGAUCAUGAGACACAGACAAGAUGUGUCGCCUAAUCAUGCUGCCACACAAAAACAGAAGAAGAUAAGACGGUUAAAGUUACUUCACUGUGUAAUCUAAGAGGCCACUUUAUAAAUAUAAGACAACAGAUUUUGUUCUUGUACUAUUGAACUAUUCUAAAAUAAAAGCUGUUGACUCUUCAGGGGAAACAAGCAACAAGGCCUGCUGGUUACACUUUCUAUGCAGGCCACAGGUAUAGUGCCUUAUGAGGGCAUUCAUAACAAAUACUGUUUUCUGAUGCACUGUAUCAACAGUCAUGAAACAUUAAAGUUGUGACUUACAAUAAAUUAUAACCUCAAGUGUCAUCUGCAUGCUCUUGACUAAUUAUAAACGAGAGGUUUACCACAUUAUGACUUCCUACAAUCACCCACACACACUCACUCAUAGUUUCAGAGCUCAUAGUGUGCUAUAACAGUCCAUGCAGUGUCAUAAGUUAUCCUUGUCUGUGUUAGGUAAAGUGAAGAACACUCUGGGCUGCAUGUCUGCAUGAAAGGUGCUAUAUGAAUAAAUACAGUUAGAGUGCUGGGAGAGAGUAUUGAUGCAUGCUUCAUCAUAACGUGUCAUUGUUAGUCACAUCUUUUUCAAAAUGUGUGUGUGCAGGGGCAUUACAUUGAUUUACAUUAUUUAAAUAUGUUUGUUGUUUUAUUUAAUUAUGUUGUUUUUUAAAAUAUGUUCACUGAGGCUUUAGUGCCCCCUGGUGUUCUGUGAGGGAAUGA